AUGAUGGCAAAUACACUUGAUGCCGUAAAUGCAAAUCAGCCUACGCAAAAUGGUAGUAAAGUUCAACCAUGCAAUAAUGAAUCCAAGACUAACCUUAUAGUUAAUUAUUUGCCACAAACAAUGACUCAAGAGGAGAUAAGAUCACUCUUUUCGAGUGUAGGUGAAGUCGAGAGUUGUAAGUUAAUAAGAGACAAGGUGACCGUGUUUCCCGAUCAUAUUCUGAAUGGCCAGAGUUUGGGAUAUGCCUUCGUCAAUUACCACAAGCCGGAAGACGCUGAGAAGGCGGUGAACACACUUAACGGCCUCCGACUGCAAAAUAAAAUCAUUAAAGUGUCUUACGCCCGUCCGAGUUCCGAUGCCAUCAAAGGAGCCAAUCUAUACGUGUCCGGUUUGCCAAAACACAUGACACAGCAAGACUUGGAGAAGCUGUUUAGUCCGUACGGUACAAUAAUCAGUUCCAGGAUUCUCCACGAAAAUGUUAAUGUUGGACAUUUACUACAAGCGGGAAUUGAUGAACAGAGCCUUCAGGGACCAUCGAGAGGUGUAGCAUUUAUUCGAUACGACCAGAGAAUUGAAGCCGAAACCGCUAUACGUGAGCUGAACGGUACUAUACCGCCAGGAGGUACAGGGCCUAUGACGGUCAAAUGUGCAAAUAACCCAAGCAACCAGAACAAGGCACUGGCUCCAUUAGCUACAUACUUGGCUCCGCCCACAGUCCGUCGAUUCUUGGGGCCAGCUGGUAAGGCACUUCUUGCUAUUAAUAAAGGUCUCCAACGGUACUCUCCAUUAGCUGAUCCUCUUGUACAAGGUAAUGCUCUCGGAGGUUCAGGCUGGUGUAUCUUCGUGUACAACAUUGGAGCCGAAACAGAAGAGAGCAUCCUUUGGCAGCUAUUCGGCCCCUUCGGUGCCGUCCAGAGUGUUAAAAUAAUCAGAGAUCCCACUACUAAUAAGUGUAAGGGGUAUGGUUUUGUUACUAUGACAAACUAUGACGAAGCCGUCGUUGCCAUUCAAUCGUUGAAUGGGUACUCCCUAAACGGACAAGUUUUGCAGGUCAGCUUCAAAACUAAUAAGAGUAAAUCCUAAACUAUUUAAAUCUAGUCAAUAAAUUGUAGGUAAUGCAAAAUGUUGAUCUUAAACUCUGUCAUGGUUUGUCAUCAGUUUGAUUAAUCUUAGCAUUGACAGGUAAUAGUGAUGCAAAUCAUGACAUGACACCAAAACUAAACCAGUGUUCAUUGUAAAAGUACAAACGAACUUGUCACACAUAAGUAACAUCACAGUAAUUGCUAAGGAAAGUAUUAUUUAAAUGACAAUUCACAUUUUUAUUUAUGAAAUGGCUUUAAGCUGGUGUAAAGCUAAGCUAAAUUUCACUUAUAGACUUGUUUUCUUAUCCUGCUAUUUUUUUUAACAUGUUUCCAGUGAAUUGAAUCGAAAUAUCUUGUAAUACAUGGUUGCUUUAAAAUUUAUUCAGUUAUAAAUUUGCAAAAUUUAUUUCAGAGUUAAAAUAUGGUCACGUAAUAUAUAGCACUAACUACGAGUUUGAUGAUUAUUGCUCAUCGACACUAGUGAAUGUAAGAGUAACAAUUUAAGAAAAUAUUAGUAUUUGUAAUGACAACUGAUAUUAUAAUGAACAUGGGAUUAACAGUCCAUAUUUUACCUUCCGGUAAAUCCGAAUAUUUGACAUAAUAUAGUGACGAUAGAUCUGACAUAAAAUUAAAAAAUGAAAAUUAUUUAUUUUUACAAAAAUUCUCCAGUGCAAUAUUAAAAUUUACUAUAA